AUGUGCAAACUGAGCGAGCUUCGGUCUGCGGUGAACGAGCGUCUGUCUGCGGCCGCGGAGGAGAUCCUCGCCCUGGUGGAGAGGACCAUAGCGGAGUAUGAGGAGGAGGUGAGGAGGUGCCGAGAGGAGGAGCAGACCCGGAGGAGAGAGGAGCCGGACCCAGAUUCGCCGACGCAGGGAGCGUUUUCAACACAAACAGCUGGUUAUGAUGAAAACUCAACGCUGGAGUUUAACAUCAAAACAGAAUCUGAACAAACCCACAAAGACGUUUGGUGCACUCAGACCGACGCCUACACCAACGCACAGGCAGAGGGCGCCACAGAUGCGCAGACGCAGGGAGCCGAUGAUUAUGGUGAAAAUUCGACGCUCGAGUUUAACAUCAAAACCGAAUAUGAACAAACCCACAAUGACGUCUGGUGCGCUCAGGCCGGCAGCUCAAACGGAGACCUCUACACCGACGCGCACGCAGAGGGCGCCGCAGGUCUGUGUCCUCCGCUGAAACUGGAAGGCCCUGCGCCCGACUCGCCCGAGUGCCCCGCGUCUGCCGCAGAUGUGAAGCUCCAGUGUCUUUUCUGUGGCAAAAGAUUUCGCACCAAAUACAACCUGAGGAGACACGUGGCGGUGCACACAGCUGGUCUGAGCUGCCCAGUGUGCGCGCGCCGCUUCAGUCACCGCGAAACCCUGCGCCUGCACAUGGCCACGCACAGGGGAGUAGCGGGCGAAGGGGUCGCGGACAAAGGCUGCGCACGCGGUGGGACAGGGCCCAUCAGGAGUACGGGGGCCUCUAUGCGCAAAGUGUACACCGGACCGUUCAUGCGCAGACGCACAGGCGGCAAGGGCAGCGAGACAGUAGGGGCCUCUGUGCACAGUGGGACAGUAGGGGCCUCUGUGCGCAGUGGGACAGUAGGGGCCUCUGUGCACAGUGGGACAGUAAGGGCCUCAGUGCACAGUGGGACAGUAGGGGCCUCAGUGCACAGUGGGACAGUAGGGGCCUCUGUGCACAGUGGGACAGUAGGGGCCUCUGCGUGCAGUGGGACCGCAGGGGCCCUCGACCCGCUGCACAGAUGCCCCCUGUGUGCACGCUGCUUCACUAGGCCAUUCUCUCUCCAGACGCACAUGCUCACGCACACCGGGGAAAAGCCCUUCCUCUGCCUGCUGUGCCACAUGAGGUUCAACCGUAAAUCCAACCUGAAGCGCCACAUUAAAACCCACGGCCCGACAGCAAUGUAG